AUGCAUCUUCAUUUCAAUUACAUCGUUGCUGCCUUCAUCCGUGCUAUAUCGAUAUCCUGCGGCAAUGGCUUCAACUUCCGCCAUCUUCCACAGAGCAUCCAUUCCAAAACCCCCAAACGGACCGGCAAAAAGUUCGACACCAAUGGCAACGUGCUGCCAUCUCCAGGCAUUACGAUCAUCUGCCAUCUCCCGCAGGACAACCAGCUAUACAAGGCGCAUUUGCCAAUCACUCCAGCAGAGCCGAUCACCAAGGUCUACACUCUUCUGCCGCUACCGAGUUGGGAUAUGACAGUCUUCGAGGGCGUCUGCGAUCUGAGAUACAAGCCUGAGCAUCUGGCACGAAGGUCUGGCUCUUGA